ACAAGAGUUGUUUAAUUUAACAAUCUUAAUAUUUUCGAAUUUUUUUAGUUAUUACAAUUUUACGUCAAACAGUGAUGGAUUUAUUUUGGUUUUAUUUAUUUUUAAUAAUUAAAAUAGCAAUAAUGAUACCAGUGUCUUGUUUAGAAAAGGACAAACUAUCUACAAAAGGUGUAAAUAGCCAGUAUUAUCCUAACAGCGAAGAAGACUGCGCCGCUUGUGGUUGCUACUACCCUUUUUAUCCCAGUGAUAUGUGCCGAGUCGUAGAAAAAUGCACGAAAGCCUGCGAAGCAGUUUACGACAUCUUGUGCAUAGAUCCCCGAAUUCAGAAAGCUAUUAGGUGCUGGUUCUCAAAAACGUGUCAAACCAAUUGUUACGCCACAUUUAUCUACACUACUAAGAGUAAAAAACUCAGUUAUUCAAAUCACAAGAACAUUAAUUAUGGGGGUGACAUUGAUGACGACUACACAGAGAGUGGAAGUAAUGUUAAUUAUAACUACAAUUAUGCCGGUGGGGGUAAUGUUAAUAUCAACAACAAUAAUAACUAUGGCGGUGGAAUUAACGUUAAUAAUAAUUACAACGUUGGCGGUGGGACUAACAAUAAUAAUAACAACAACGGUGGUAGUAACUAUAACUAUAAUUACAACAAUGGCGGUGGGACUAACAAUAAUGAUAACAACAACGGUGGUAGUAGCUAUAACUAUAAUUACAACAGUGGCGGUGGAAGUAACAAUAAUAAUGACAAUGGUAGUAGGGGUAGCUAUAAUAUUAAUUACAACAUUGGCGGUGGAGAUAACAUUAAUAACAACAAUGACCGUGCUGUCUAUAAUUAUAACUACAAAGUUGGCGGUGGGCAUCCCUAUAACAAGAGGUACAGUCACCGUUACGGGAAAGUGGGCGAAACCGGCUACAUCCCCUAG